CUGACAUUGAUGUCCCGGUUUAUCUAAAAAUAUGGCGGAUACUGAGUUAGCGAAAGCGUUGAAAGAUCUGCCGGGUCGUGUUCAAACUUCAAGCCAAAAAGACCGAUACGAGGUUAUACACAAUGUCAUCGAUGUCUUGUCAAAUCCAGGCAUCAAUGAAAAAAUUGUCAGUGGAAUUUGCAAAGUUAUAUCGAUUACUCUCCAUCGAUAUAAGGACAGCAAAUCCCAAUCUUACGUGAGGAAUUUAAUAACUGAGUUAUUGAAGCACCAGUAUGCCCAUGGUGUUAAAUAUAUGACUGGCAUCAUCUCCGAGCAGGCUUUGUGGCACCAGAAUGUUGUCCCAACAUUGAGUACGUCAUUGACUGCAUACCUGUCGCUAAAAUGGACGACUUUGGUGAUCAAUGCGAUGCCCCGGGGCCACUUAUCAAGUCACCCAGAGUGCCAGAAACUCCUGGAAGCGCAAGCGAGUCUCAGUGCAGCAGCGCUCGCGUACAACAACUUGCUGAGUGAAAAAGUAUAUAAAUUACUGAGCCACUUGUGGAAAUCAACAGAAAAUGCUGAAGAAAUUUACAUUAGUAAUUUGUCCAAAAUGGAACCAACUAAUGGAGUGAUCGUGCUCUCGAGUUUGCUGAUAAAACAUCUGGUGGCGGUUAAAAAGGAAGAGCUGAUUGAUCCCUUCAAGAAUAGUAUCAUAGAAGGGUUUAUAAAAAUAGCAAUAAGUUGCAAGAAAAAGCCCGAGCUUUUUGUAGUGGACGCAGCCGCACCGUUUUUACGACGGCUGUCUCAUGAUGAUUUUAAGAACCAGGUGCUGCCGGCGCUGCAGAAAGCGAUGCUGCGUAAUCCUGAGAUAAUAAUCGACUCGGUCGGACACAUUCUGACGGGGCUGAGUCUAGACUUGAGUCGCUACAGUGAAGACAUCAGCAAAGGUCUCUUUACUAAUUUGCAUUCAAAAGAAGACACGGUGCGGGAUGAAGCAGCUGACGCUUGCCGUCGCCUAGCUCUCCAGUGUUCAGACACCGGAGCAUUGGAGAAACUUUUAACGCUGCUGUUUGCAAUUUUCCACGGCUCGGAAGGUAAACUGACUGUUGCUACCCACAAGAUUUCAGUGCUGACCGGCGCGGGAAAUCUGAGCUUCAAUGCAGCAGGAAGUGGAGUCCAGCAAGUAGCUGAAGCUGCAUGCAAUCAUUUUAUAAAAGUCCUGGAUACUGAAGUCCAUGAGAAGACUUUGAUACACGCGCUGGAGAUGAUGAGUCUCUGGUGCCAGAAGUUCACCGGCGAUGUGCCGAAAAAUAUUAUCGAGGCGUUCAAGAAGGCGAUGAAUGCCAAGACAUCGACAACUGGACUACGAACUGCGUACAUUAAAUUACUCUUCACUUUGCCGAUCAUGUCCCACGCAGCCACGAUUACUCCGAUACUUACCCAAGCGAUAACUCGCGCUACCCAGCAGUCAACUCAAGCAUCAGCGGUAACUGAAGGACUCGUCGCCUCUUAUCUGCUCCUAAAAUUAGUAAUUGCCGGUCAAGUGGAAAACAACAAGCAGAGCGUGCUUUGGUCUGCGAUAGACGACCAGGUAUUUUUUUCCGACAAGUUUCUUUCCAGCUGCGGUGACGAAAAUCUUUAUCACUUGAUGCAGCUCUGCGAUUUGUUGAUCACCGAGUUCUCGGACCGCUUGAACGAGAAAGCACUCGGUGGAGUCCAUCGGGCGAUUAUUGUCUGCAUAGUUGCUGCUAACUCAUCAACGCGAAGACGCUGCGCAACUCUGAUGAAGAAAAUGCUCACCGGGCUGAGUACUUACGAGCCCUGCCAAGCUCUUAUCAAAGAGUUCAACCGAUUCAUCGAGACGACCAAGCUCAAGGACAACGAGAAGGAAAAUAAAGAAGACAAAGAAAGUGCUGAGAUCAACGGACGUUGUCUAGCUGAUGGACUUUUGUCCAUUUGCUCCGCUACAUUUUUAUUCGACGAGCCAGCUUACAAACUCGUCGGCGACGCGCUGAUUCCCGCUCACCACCCGACUGUCGUCAAAACGAUGCCCAACUUGUGGUUGAAGAUCUGCGCCACUGCUAAGUUGAAGCCAGACAAAUUUUUCAAUGACUACGCUGCUGAAAUACGGGAAAUGUUUGUUGAUAACUACAAGCCGACCGCUUCGUAUGAGAACGCCGUGGCGACGAUAGUGUCGUUCACUCCAGAAGUCCUGCUGCCGUCUCUCGUCAAAGUCAUCACCGAUUAUUUAGAUGAUCCGGAGAUUUUAAAAGUAACCAAGGACGAGUACUUUACCUACUUGACACCUGAAGGUGAGCUGUAUGACAAAAGUGUUGUUCCAGGUAACGACGACAAUGACAUUCUCAACUCCAUGAACAUGAAACGCGAGAGCAAAGUCUACUCCUUCAAGGAACAGCUCGAGGAACAGCAGCUCCGCCGCGAGUUGUACGAAAAACGUAAGCGCGAGGGGAAAAUAAAGGAACAAAAGUUGACACCGAAGCAAGAGGAAGCUUUGAAGGCACAAACUGCCAAAGAAAACGCGAUAAGAAAACGUCUUGCGGGUUUGUUUGAUAAAAUAACACGAGUUGUCUCAAUAGUAAACGGAUUGUCUCGUGGAAAUCCUCAAGAACUGUCUCUGUACUUCCGGGAAUUACUUCCAGUCUUGUUGAAAAAUCUUUCAUCACCACUGGCAGCUCCGACGGUGUCCCAACUGUACCUGGAUCUCCAGAAAAUAGUCGUGCUGGUCUCGGUGAAAAACGCGCCGCUGCGCGAUCUCGUGGCUCACGUGACUCUGCGUCAGCAGCAGCCGCAGUGCGACCUGGACCCUGCUUGGGAAGAAGAGGAGCUCGAGAAAGCCAUCAAUAGGACACUGGCUGCCAUUCACACUUGCACGGUAAAACAGAAGCUUUUGUUCAAUGCCCCGGGUUUCUGUUACUGCUUUCCCUUCAUCGCGAACACUCUGCUCACCUGGAAGGACGAGACCAUGACGACCCAGGGUCUCCAGGUGAUUCAAGAGCACGCGAAGCAACGUGGUGAUGAAGAUAAUUGGAAAGAUCUGCGGCACCCGCGACUCCUGCCUCGCAAGCAGAUGCUGGACUUGUUGAUCGAGUUGAUGAGCUCGACGACAGGCCGCGUUCAGUCUCAUGCCGUCGCCACUUUCCUUGACGUGGCCUACUCUGGCGAUGGAACACCUGGUACUGCGUUGACUAGUCCUGAAGAAGUCAAUUCCCUCAUUGGCGCUCUAGAAAAUCCACUGGCUGCUGUCCGCGACGCUGCAUUGCGUGCGCUGAUGAUUGUGCGCAAGAGUUUUCCUACAGAGGACUCUGACUACGAGCAAUUAUUGCGUCUCACCAGACGAGUUUGGAUCGCCAAGUUUGACGUCGCUGACGAAAAUAAAAUUCUCGCGAACGAGAUCUGGGAAGCGGCUGAAUUUUCAGCAAACGGUGAAAUCCUCUGCGAUGAACUGAUCCAAGACGUCGCUCAUCCAGUCGAAGCAGUCCAACAGGCUACAGCUCAUGCUCUUGCGCAUUUGCUUACAGACAAUACGCACUUGGUACCUGGAAUACUGGAUAGUUUAUUGAAGCUGUACAAAGAAAAGCUGGCGAUGAUCCCGCCGAAGAUGAACGACUUUGGUCGGGUCGUGGAACAGCCCGUAGACAUCUGGGGACCAAGACGCGGAGUCGCUCUAGCUCUGGCUCAACUCGCGCCUCUCUUAACUCCCGAGACAAUAAAUCAGCUGAUUCAGUUCUUCGUGUCAACGGGUCUAGGUGACAGAAAUCCAUCAGUACGCCAGGAAAUGCUGACUGCAGCUCUGGCAGCCGUUGACCAGCACGGGAAAGACAAUAUCACAUCUCUGCUGCCAGUCUUCGAGGACUUUAUGGACAAAGCGCCUAAAAUCGGGAGCUUCGACGCCAUCAAGCAGUCGGUUGUCAUUCUCAUGGGCUCGUUGGCCAGGCACUUGGACAAAGACGACCCCCGAAUAAAACCCAUCGUCAUGAGACUCAUCGCCGCGCUAUCGACACCUUCCCAGCAGGUCCAAGAAGCCGUUGCCAACUGUCUACCUCACCUGGUUCCUUCAAUAAAAGAAGACGCUCCAAGGAUCGUCGACAAUCUCAUGGAUCAGUUGCUCAAGUCUGAUAAAUAUGGAGAGAGGAAGGGCGCAGCCUACGGGCUCGCGGGAAUAAUAAAAGGAAUGGGUAUUCUAGCUCUCAAGCAGCUGGACAUCAUGACCAAGCUGACUAACGCUAUUCAAGAUAAAAAAAAUUACAGACACCGUGAAGGCGCGCUUUUUGCAUUCGAAAUGCUCUGCACCAUGCUGGGAAGACUCUUCGAGCCCUACAUUGUCCACGUCCUCCCGCACUUGCUGCUCUGCUUUGGGGAUGCCAGUCAAUAUGUCAGAACUGCCACCGAUGAUACUGCGAGAGUGGUUAUGAGCAAACUCUCCGCUCAUGGUGUCAAGCUCGUGCUCCCCAGUCUUCUCGCUGCUCUAGAAGAAGACUCUUGGCGUACUAAAACAGGAUCCGUGGAACUUCUUGGAGCAAUGGCGUACUGCGCACCGAAACAAUUAAGCAGCUGUCUACCGUCGAUAGUACCCAAGUUAAUAGAAGUCUUGAGUGAUUCCCACACGAAAGUCCAAGAAGCCGGAGCAGAAGCACUGAAAGUUAUCGGAAGUGUCAUAAGAAACCCCGAGAUCCAAGCCAUAGUCCCAGUGCUGCUCAAAGCACUUCAAGAUCCCUCGCGCAAGACCGCGAUGUGCUUGCAGACACUCCUCGACACCCAGUUCGUCCACUUCAUCGACGCCCCCUCACUAGCUCUGAUCAUGCCUGUGGUCCAGCGCGCGUUCAUGGACCGAUCAACAGAGACACGUAAGAUGGCCGCUCAAAUUAUUGGCAACAUGUACUCGCUGACUGAUCAAAAAGAUCUGACCCCAUACUUACCGACGAUCAUCCCCGGGUUGAAGACGAGUCUUUUGGACCCAGUACCAGAAGUUCGUUCGGUCUCAGCUCGCGCCUUGGGUGCGAUGGUCCGCGGAAUGGGUGAGUCGAGCUUCGAGGACCUCCUGCCCUGGCUGAUGCAGACACUGACCUCGGAGACGAGCAGCGUGGAUCGAUCAGGAGCCGCUCAAGGUCUUUCUGAAGUCGUAAGAGGUCUGGGUGUAGAGAAACUCCAUAAACUGAUGCCCGAGAUCAUCAGCACUGCAGAGCGAACUGACAUCGCGCCCCACGUCAAAGACGGCUACAUAAUGAUGUUCAUUUACAUGCCCAACGCAUUCACCACCGAGUUCACUCCCUACAUCGGGCAAAUAAUAAACCCAAUCCUCAAAGCCCUCGCCGACGAGAACGAAUACGUCAGAGAGACUGCUCUGAGAGCUGGACAACGUAUCGUUACUCUUUACGCAGACUCUGCUAUCAUGUUGCUGCUCCCAGAACUUGAACGCGGACUUUUUGAUGACAACUGGCGAAUUCGUUACUCCUCGGUUCAGCUCCUGGGAGAUUUGUUGUACCGCAUAUCUGGAGUUUCCGGUAAAAUGUCUACGGAGACAGCCAGCGAGGAUGACAACUUUGGUACGGAGCAGUCGCAUCACGCGAUAAUAAAUGCACUAGGCGCUGAAAGAAGGAACCGAGUGCUAGCCGGACUCUACAUGGGUAGAUCAGACGUCGCCCUGAUGGUCCGUCAAGCAGCUCUCCACGUCUGGAAGGUCGUCGUCACCAACACUCCGCGCACGCUACGAGAAAUUCUUCCCACGCUCUUCAGUCUCUUGCUUGGAUGCCUUGCAAGCACCAGCUACGACAAACGUCAAGUUGCUGCGCGCACUCUAGGAGAUCUCGUGAGAAAAUUAGGCGAGCGCGUACUCCCAGAAAUAAUUCCUAUCUUAGAACGCGGACUUCAAAGCGACCAACCUGACCAACGUCAAGGUGUCUGUAUCGGUUUGUCUGAAAUAAUGGCCAGCACCAGCAAAGACAUGGUUCUGACAUUUGUAAACAGCCUUGUCCCCACUGUCCGCAAAGCUCUGAGCGAUCCACUACCAGAAGUUCGUCAAGCUGCAGCGAAAACCUUCGACAGCUUGCACUCAACAGUUGGAUCCCGUGCUCUGGAUGAUAUUCUCCCACUGAUGUUGGUUCAGCUCAACUCUCCAGAUCCUCAGGAAGCUGAAAAUACCCUCGACGGUCUCCGGCAAGUGAUGGCAAUUAAAUCACGAGUAGUUCUACCUUACCUCGUUCCCCAACUGACCAGCACUCCAGUGAACACUAAAGCGCUCUCUAUACUUGCGAGCGUAGCCGGAGAAGCUCUCACUCGCUACCUCCACAAAAUUUUACCCGCCCUCCUGAUGGCGCUAUCCAGUGCCCAAGGAUCAGCUAACGAAGCCCAAGAACUCGAGUACUGUCAAGCCGUAGUUCUGUCCAUCACCGACGAGGUUGGAGUCCGCACAGUAAUGGACCAACUGAUGGACGCGACCAAAGCCGACGAUUCUUCAAGACGUCGCGGUGCCGCGACACUACUCUGCGCAUUUUGCAGAGACACUCGUGCUGAUUACAGUCAGUACGUUCCACAGUUGCUGCGUGGUCUGAUUCAUCUCUUCACCGACGACGACAAGGAAGUUUUACAAAAAAGCUGGGAAGCUCUGUCCGCAGUGACGAAAACUCUUGAAUCAGAUCAACAGAUCGCGCAUCUAGGGGACAUUCGCCAAGCAGUUCGCUUCGCAGCUUCUGACCUCAAAGGUCAAGAUCUACUUCCUGGAUUCUGUUUGCCCAAAGGUAUCACCCCCAUUCUCCCAAUCUUCCGCGAAGCGAUUCUCAAUGGACUACCCGAAGCUAAAGAACAAGCAGCCCAAGGUCUCGGGGAAGUCAUAAAAUUAACCAGCGCAGCAGCAUUGCAGCCUAGUGUUGUCCACAUAACUGGACCCCUUAUUCGUAUUCUCGGCGACCGGUUCAACUGGAGUGUCAAGGCCGCGGUGCUUGAAACCCUCGCGAUCUUACUCGGCAAAGUCGGUGUCAUGCUCAAGCAGUUUCUUCCCCAGCUGCAGACAACUUUCUUGAAGGCUCUCAAUGACAGCAACCGGCAGGUCCGGCUCAAGGCCGCCUACGCCCUGAGCAACCUCAUCGUGAUCCACACCCGCGCGGACCCUCUGUUCGCUGAACUUCACACUGCCAUCAAGAACUCAGACGACCCGGCGAUACGCGAGACGAUGCUCCAGGCUCUGAGAGGCGUCAUCACUCCAGCGGGUGAUAAAAUGACCGACGUCAUGAGGAAGCAAGUCUUCAAUACCCUCAGCUCGAUGCUCGGACACCCGGAAGACAUUACAAGGAACGCCGCCGCUGGAUGCUACGGUGCGCUUCUGCGGUGGUUAACUCCAGAGCAACUAAGUGCGGCUUUCAACGAGCAUUUAUUCAACCAUGAUCUUAACGCCGACUGGCAGCUACGUCACGGAAGAUCCACGGCUUUGUUUGUCGUUUUGAAAGAGUCUGCGUCAACUGUUUAUGUCCCCAAGGAACAAGAACGUGUUUGCAAGAUUAUUUUGUCUUACUUACAAGCCGACAGGGUACAGAUUACGAUGAAUGGCAUCCGAGCUUGUGGGUAUUUGUUCCAGUAUCUUAUGAACGAGGGAUUGCCCAUUCCACAGACUAUUCUUACGCCUUUUGUUCGGUCGAUGAACAACAACAGCAAUGAAGUGAAGCAAUUAUUGGCCCGAGUGUGCAUUCAUUUGGCCCGAAAUAUACCACCAGAAAGAAUGUCAGGAGAUUUAUUAAAAUCUUUAUUGCCGAUGCUUGUAAAUGGAACUAAAGAGAAAAAUGGAUAUGUAAAAGCAAACAGUGAAUUGGCACUUAUUGCUGUGCUCAGACUAAAAACAGGCGACGAAGAACAUCAGCGAUGUGUUGCGCUCCUGGAUCCGGGUGCCCGCGAAUCUUUAUCGGACGUCGUAAGCAAAGUCUUGCGCAAAGUAUUGUCACAACCAGAAGGCAAAAUGGAAGAGCUAGACGAUACUUUACUCACGUGAGAAUUAUUUAAACUCUCGGGGCUCAUUCGCUUAUCCCGACUUAAAUAUAAAUAUAAAAAAUUAAAUAACAUUAAAAUAUC